AUGCCUUCGGAAGCUGACGUCAAGAACGAGAACAGCAAAUACGAUAUCGUUUCGCCGUACGGAUACACUCCCGACGCCUGGCUGGGCGUCCUCUUCAUUGAUGUGAUCUCGUUAGUCGUGCAAGCACUUGGCGGUGCCGAAGCCACUUCUUCCGUUGCCCAGAAUGCUAAAACUGGGAGCAACAUCAUGUUAGCCGGCAUUAUUUUUCAAACAAUUGCUAUCACAAUCUACGUGCUCUUCGCCUCAGAGUUCAUGUUUCGGUAUAUCUACGACCGUCCCAUCCGUGGUCGUGUAUCCAGUCCGACACCAUAUGGGCUGGACAAGAACAUGAAGACGAUGCUUUUUGCUCUUGCAUUCAGUAGUUUGUGCAUUUAUCUUCGGUCAUGGUACCGCAUGAUCGAGCUUGCUGACGGCUGGAACGGAUAUAUCAUCCAUACUCAACGUUAUUUUGUCAUCAUGGAUGCCUUGAUGGUUACACUCGCAAUGUUUAUCAUGAACAUAUGUCAUCCUGGACGUCUCCUCGGUCCCGCGAAGGAGUGGAAGAAUAUCGUCCCCUCGAAUCCUUUGGACAAAAUGGAAGCGAGCCGAGUUUCCGCUGAAAGCUGGUCCCAAGUUGCUGAUGACAAGGGAAUGUUGACCAAUACUAGCGCUCCGACCAGCUGA